UGGGCCCGGCACUCCGUCAAGCCAUCCUCAACACAACCUUCGAAGGCCUCACAGGAAGGGUCUCCCUCACCCCACACGGUGACCUGCAAGCUGAUGCCACGGAGGUGCUCAACGUGGUGAAUGCUACAGCCAUGAGGGUUGGCUUCUGGACGCCUGCCUGGCAACUCACGCGCUCUCUAAAGCGGCCAUCCAAGAACCAGCAAGAGGCACUGAACAUAGUGUUUCCGGGUGGGGUGACACAAGUACCCAUAGGCGCAUUUCCCAAGACAAAACUUCGAUUAGCUGUUCCAAAUAAAGUGGUCUACAAGCAGUUUGUCAACAUCUCCAAGGGAGAGGGCAAAGAGCGCUUCUCAGGGUUCUGCAUCGAUGUCUUCCGAGCAGCUGUGGCCAUGCUGCCAUACCCGCUCGACUAUGAGUUUGUGCAGUAUGGCGAGGAGAACGUCUCCCCCAGCUACAACCAGAUGGUGCUGGCUGUGGCGGACAAGAAAUACGACGGGGCCAUUGGAGACAUCACAGUCACAGAGACACGCAACAAGGAAGUGUUCUUCACAUACCCCAUCUUUCCAUCAGGUCUGGGGAUAAUGGGGUACGCAAAGGAGAAUUCAAGUCCCUGGCUGGCGUUCCAGCCGUUCACAGCGAGCAUGUGGGGAGUGACAAUGGCGCUGUGCGUGCUAGCAGGGCUCAUCACCUCGUUCCUGGACGAGCAGUCUAAUGAGGCCUUCCGAGAGAAACUGCAUCAGCGCCUGCAGAACGCCGCGUGGUUCGGCCUGCAAACGCUCUAUGCCAUCCUGGAGUACCCUGUUCGCACCUCCCUCGCCCGGCUCUUUGUCAUCGUGUUUCUCAUCGUCGGCUACCUUAUAGUCACAAUGUACACGGCGAACCUCACGUCUAUUGUCACAGUCAACCGGCUCAAACCCUCCGCAAUGGACAUUGGUUCCGCCGCCUCGACCUCAUCCCCCAUUGGCUACCAGCUGGGGUCAUUCAUCAAUGCGUACCUGCAGCAGAUGGGCAUCCCCGCGAACCGCUUGGUGGCACUGAAUAACGAGGAUGAGUAUGUAGAGGCGUUGACCUCGGGCCGAGUGGGGGUGAUAGUGGACGAGAACCCGUACCUCGAGCUCUUCUCCCUCGACUUUUGCGACGUCGCCCUCGCGCCUCAGCCCUUCUCCCUCCUCAACCUCGCUUUUGCCUUCCCCAAGGGCUCUCAGCUGGGUCUAGACAUAUCACAGGCGAUCGUGCAACUGUCCAUGUCAGGCAAGUUGCAGCAGCUGCGGGAGCAACACUUCAGUGGGAUCAACAGCUCAUGCACCCAACCCAGCAGCAGCAGCGACAGCAGCAGCUACGGUAUAUCCUCCUCCUCCUCUUCCGGGAUCUCCUCACUGGCGGCAGACUCGGCAGUGCAGCUGUCGAUGCACAAGUUCCUCGGGCUGUAUAUCAUCUUUGGCUCUGUCUCGCUGGGCUGCUGCUUGCUCUACGUGCUGCUCCUCAUUCACCGCGGCUACCGCGCGAGCAGAGAGGCUGCUCGCCUACAGGACGCUCAGAACCAAGCUGAGAUCCAACGGCUCGUGUUUGAUUAUCAUCCGGUGCACACAGGAUCUGACGGCCCACAUGGUGCCGAGUCAGGAUUGGCAGCUCCAGCUGCGGGAGUGGCAUUGAGAGGCCACGAGUGGGAGGGAGGUAGCAACUGGGGUGGGGAGCAUUUGGGAGGGGAAGACCUGUUUGUGUUUGGUCAAACUGCUCCUCUCAGUCGCAGGAGCAGCUGCAGCAGUGGAGAAAGUUUUGAGGCGCCUCAAACCAGUCUUCUUCACUGCAAAGGAAGCAGCAGUGGGGGUUUUGAGAUGGGACAGAGUGGAAUUGGUGGGGGUGGUUUUGACAGCAGUGGCAGUAGUUUUGGCGGGGGUGGCAGUAGAAGGGUGGGGGGGCUUCAGAGCAGCAUUGGCGGGUCGAUCGGCAGCAGUGGGUGCAUUGGCACUCAUGCUGCUGUGGGUGGGUCAAGCUUGACACAGGUUGCUGAGGAGGGCGAAGAGGCGGAGGAGGAAGAGGAGGAGGAUGAGGACGAGUUUGAGAAGAGCACAAUUCUGAGAGGGGUUGAGAGACGAGAGAAGGAGAAGGAGAAGGAGGAGAGGCAGGGGAAAGAGAUGAGAGUGUCUGAGAUAAGAGAGGAUGGCGAGGAGGAUGAGGAUGAGGAUGAUGAGGAGGAAGGGGAGGGGGAGGAGGAUGAGCAACUGAUGGGAUUGCUUGGAGAGGCUGUUGUUUAUGGGGAUGGACACAGCAGACCCACCGUUGCAGCAACAGCAGCAUCCCCUGUGGAUACUUUCGGCCAGCAUACUUCGUCUUCUAGCGCCCUCACUUCCCCUCGAACUGACAGGUGGCAGUACCAGAUGGCCCGCAACAGACGAACAACACAACACCGCCGCACUCCCUCUCUUCCUAACUCCCUUCCCCCUCUCUCCCCUCGUUCCCCCUCCAACAUCUCCCCACACUCCCACCCUCACUUCCUUCCUCACUCCCCCACGCAAACCCCUCUGUCCCCUGCCUCGCAACACCAAUUUCAACACCUCUCCUCUCCUCCAAACCCCCACCCAAUAUCAGCUUCUCAAUCCGCCCUCUGCCUCGGCUCACACUCACAUCCCCUUGUUCCCACCCGCCUGCCUUCCCCACCCGCCCACCUCGUCCCAAACCGAAACAACAGCAUGUCAGCACCGAACCAUGAGUCGCCACAACAGCAAGGAGGGAACCAUGUCAGCGCAACUUUCAACCGAGCAGCAGUAACGGUUACCGCAUCGUCCAGCCUCCAGGAGACGCGAGCAGAGGCGUUAAAUCAGCUGCACCUGCCCCAGCAGCCAUCACCCACCAGGCGACACGCCUCCCCGGUUUCCCACCGUGCCCCACUUGGCAUGCCCGACCGAUUGCCAUCAAAGCGCUUUCAGGCAGCUUUCGAGUUUACUGCGUCGAGCCAAGACCUGAGAAAAGCAGGAGGGAGAGCGCGGCAGAGUCAGCAGUGGCAGCAGCAGCAGCAGCAGCAGCAGCACCGCAGAACCUCCUCUGCUGAAGACGUGAAUCGAAUCCACACCGCCAAUCGCAUCUCGCCACGUCAGCGCCUCGCUAGAUCACCCGAUGACCACUCGCCCGUACAGCUGUCACUGCGUGGCAACUCCGAACAGCUGAACCGCAUCAUCUCUCCACGGGCCUUCCCGCUUGGCCCCGAGCAGCAGAGCCCCGACGCUCUUUCUCAACAGAUGCAUUCCGGAAGUUUGGGGUGGGAGGAGCUGGAAGAGCAAUGCAGAGACAGUGAGCCAGCUGCGGAUGGUGGGAGCGGAGGGCCGGCAGCAGCAGCACUUGGCGUGGAGCAGGAGGGGCCUUCAUGGGCAUGA